UCCCCAAUCGCUGCCAACCCGGCUUCAUCCCCUCCAUCUCUGCAAAGCCGAUUUCUCCUCGUCCCCUAUCGACUUGCGACCGGCAUCGCGACUCGGGGCUUGUUUCCUUCUAGUACACGAUCCGUUUUUUCUUCCCUUUGCUGCAGCAGGCUAUUUUGGCACCACCUGCAUCAGCUUCUAUUUAGGGGAGACGAAAGAAAAAAUAGCGACUUCUCGCGGCGUCGCUGGAAGACUUUCGCUACAACAACCCGUCCCAGGGACUCGAUUUAUAGCAUCGCCUGCACAUUGGCUCUUGUCUCGGCUUGCCGAUAAUAUUCUUAAUUCCUUGUUGGCUGAUACCCGUCGUGCUCCCGCGCAGUCGCAUCGCACGAUCCGAUCUUUGCGCAUUUCUCCCCGGUUUGACCCUACAUCGCCAUGGCCAACCACCACCCAUCGCCCACAAUGAUGCAGAUGCAACAACAGCAGCAUCAGGGCCCUCCUGCGCCUCCUCAGAAUGUCCAGCAAGGCCACUUCAACCCGGCGCAGCAGAUUGCUUCCAUGAACGAGGCUGUCUGGUUGCAGAUUGGUAGCUUCUCUGAGCUCCUGCGCUCCCCCGAGGAGGCUAUGCAUGCCUACGAGCGCGCCUUGGCUGCCAAUCCCAAUUCGACUACCGCCAUGAACGCCAUUGGUCUGCUUCUUAAGGGAAGAGAGGCCUUUGACAAGGCUCUCGAGUUCUUCCGCGCUAUUGUCCAGAUUGAGAGCAACAAUGGCGAGGCCUGGGGCAAUCUUGGCCACUGUUACCUCAUGACCGAGAACCUUCAGAAAGCGUAUGAUGCCUACCAGCAGGCGCUUGUCAACCUGAGAGACCCCAAGGAUCCUAUGCUUUGGUAUGGCAUUGGUAUUUUGUACGACCGCUACGGAAGCUACGACUAUGCCGAGGAGGCCUUCUCCCAGGUCAUGCAGAUCCAGCCCGAGUUCGAAAAGGCCAACGAGAUUUACUUCCGCCUCGGUAUAAUUUAUAAGCAGCAGUCCAAGUUCGCCCAAAGUCUCGAGUGCUUCAAGUAUAUUGUCAACUCGCCCCCUGGUCCCUUGACCCAGGAAGACAUCUGGUUCCAGAUUGGCCACGUCCACGAACAGCAAAAAGACUUUGACAAUGCCAAGGCUGCCUACCAGCGCGUUCUUGACCACUCCCCCAACCACGCCAAGGUUCUCCAGCAGCUCGGUUGGCUCCACCACCAGCAGAGCAGCUCAUACGAGUCCCAAGAUCGUGCCAUCCAGUACCUCGAGAAGUCUGUUGGAUCAGAUAACUCUGAUGCCCAGAGUUGGUACCUGCUUGGCCGCUGCUACAUGUCGCAGCAAAAGUACCCCAAGGCGUAUGAGGCCUACCAGCAAGCCGUGUAUCGUGAUGGCAAGAACCCAACAUUCUGGUGCUCCAUUGGUGUCCUCUAUUACCAGAUCAACCAGUACAGAGACGCACUCGACGCCUACUCCCGCGCCAUUCGCCUCAACCCUUACAUCUCCGAGGUCUGGUACGACCUGGGCACUCUGUACGAGUCCUGUAACAACCAGAUUGCAGAUGCUCUCGAUGCCUACCAGCGCGCUGCAGAGCUCGACCCCGGAAACCCUCACAUCAAGACUCGCCUUCAGCUUCUGCGCUCUGGCCAGAGCAACGGCGGUCCUCCCCCAGCUGCUCCUCAGCCUGCUGAUGUGCACCCUCAUGCCUACCACCCCUCUGGACCUAGCGGACCUACCGGUCCCCAAUGGGGAGGCUUAUCUGGACAGCAGCAGCCUCCCGGCGGCGGUCCUCCUCCUCCUGCCCCUGGAGCUGGCGAGAGCUGGGCCAAGGGCCUGUCUAAUGUCAACCCUCCUCCUCAGCCUCCAAACCCUUAUGGAGAGCGCAGCGCACCAGCUCCUCCUGUGCAGCGCGCCCCCAGCCCCGGACAGGACCACAUGCGCGGCGGAUACCCUGACAGCCAGCGUGGCUCGGGCCGCGGCGGUCGCUCACCAGCUCCUGCCAACCACCAGUACGGACAGCCUCCAGCUGCACCAGGUCAAGCGCCUCCUACGGAUAGACGCGUCCCUAACCCCAACUGGAGCGGUGCAGCCCCAUCCGCCGGUGCUCCUCCUGGCGGCCCCAACGGUAGCAGCCAACCUCCUCCCAACGGCAGCUCAUUCCGUCCCAACAGCAGCCCCCGCCACGAGCGUGGUCCUCAUGAGAACCGCUUGCCAUCUCCCAAGUCUGGCUACUCCCAGGCACCUCCUCCACACCCCCAGUACUCUCACCGGGAAGCCUCCGCUCCCGUUGCCCCCAACGCUGAGAACCAUCGGGAACCUGCACCUGGCAACAACGGCCCUCCCGCGUCGGAGAACGCCACCGGCCCCCGUGCCGAAGAUCGCCCUCCUUCCACGGGUCCUAAGCGCCCGCGCGACUGGGAAGACGAGUCCGCUGCUAAGAAGCAAGCCAACGACGAUACCAAGGCUCGCCUCAGUGACUUUACACACCGCAGAGCGUCUACCCCACCUCCUCAAAACGGGCGUCGUCCCUCUGGAGAGGCUAAGCGUGCUGACGAACCUCGCCGCGCUGAAGAGCCUCCUCGUAAGGUCGAGGAGCCUGCGCCCAAGGCCGAGCCGUACCACCCCUCAGAAGCUGCCCAUCACCCUCGUCCCAACGGCCCCAACCAAGUGUCUCCUGACGAGCAGCCCGCUGCUACUGCUACUGCUGCUCCCGUCGCUGCCGAGAAGCCCGCUGAGCCCGCCGUCGCUGAGAAGCCCAAGGAAGAGGCUCCAGCUGCUGAGGCUCCCGCUACUCGUUCAGCUGCUCCUGCUGCUGAGCCUGAGCGUGCUGCUCGCAAGAUGGAUGUGGACGAGGAUUACGAUGACGCCGAGGAUGAUAAGAAGACUGUCGCCGCCACCAAUGGAUCCGCUCCUGCUUCUACCGCAGGCGACACUAAGACUGUUGUCUCGGAUUCUGGCUCUGCCACUAACAGCGCCACGGUGACUGCUACCAAGUCUGAAUAGAGAGGCUUAUUGUAUGGCAAUGGAGUUUUGAGCGUUGAAGGAGAUUUGUAUUGGAUGCGACGUUUUCUUUGUCCCCCCUUCCUUUUUUCCUUACGGGUUAUUCAUGUAUAUCACGGUGCCAGCACUGAAUUGUGUUUGAUUCCCUUUGUCCUUUUUCUAUUUUCUUUUUGGGUUGGCUUUAAAAAAGAACCAAAAUGAUGGACACUUCCUUUUAGAGCCAAGAUCUGGGCUUGCGGUUCGCUUUGGAGGAUGAAGAGCGAGAACAGUCUCUAUAUAGUUUUCAUGUUCUACUGUGUUUGUCUGAAAAGAAUAUACCAUUCACGUUUUU